AUGCUCCUCCAGGCCCGUGGUACGAAGAAAAGGCUGCUCGAUCGGCGUCUCAGUUUUUGCGCCAUCCGCUUGAAGGGGACUGUCAGAAAUUCAUAUGCCCGGCGCCGGAUACACCUGGACGCGGGAACACAACUUGGUUAUAGAGCCCAGCCUCUAGAGGCGAUACAAGGGGAGUGGACAUAA